UCAGUUCUACUAUUUCCAUGACCUCUACUUAGAUCAAUACUCAAAUUACUAAGAGGUGGAAAAUAAAAGACAUGCACGUUUUGGCAAAUUCAUAUCGUCAUGGAGGGCAGUGGAAAAUCUAAAACGAGCUGUAUACUUCAGCUUGGUGUAUUGCUGAAUUUAGCCCUGACAAUACUGUCUGUGGGGUAUUUGACUUACAGAGUGCAUACUUUGGAUGAACGAAUCGUUCGAUGCGAGCAAAUCAAGAAAACAGAGUCAGACGCUGAUGUAUAUAAAAAUCGCUUGCCAAGAGCGGCUAACAAUGGCUCGAGAGAUCCAACGAGUGCUUGUACCAAAUGCAGAGAUCUCUGUAUGCAAAUCUUCUCGUCUAGAUCAUCCAAAAAGUUAAAAUCGUCAAAACCAUCAAGUAAACCAGUUUGUUUCAGAGGUCCGCCCGGAGCACCGGGUCCACAAGGGCCGAAAGGACCAAGUGGACAAAGGGGAAGACGUGGUAAACGAGGAUUUCGAGGAUCUCCUGGAAUACAAGGUCCACCUGGAGUAGCAGGUCCGCAGGGACCAAGGGGAUUGCCAGGAACAGCGCUCUCUGGAAAAGCUUCCAUUGUCCAUUCCCUUGCUCUUCCAAAAAUAACCAAAAGACCUCCAUCUGUUCUUGUCACCAAAGAAGGCGAUAAUGUGGUUAUUCCGCCCAAAGCCUCUGGUUUCCCUAAACCUAGAAUCUCGUGGUACAAAGACAACAAGAAAGUAGACGAGCGAUUCUAUAUCACUGGUGCUCUACGAAUAAAGAAUGUAAAGUUCGAAGACCAUGGGGUUUACUUAUUGAAAGCAAAGAAUUUCAUUGGUCAAGCUACAGCGAAAAUGAAACUUGUUGUAAAUGUUGCUCCACGAUUCGUGGUUCGGCCUCCGGUUUACUUCGCUGGUUAUGAAAAUUGGAACACAACCAUCACAUGCAAUAUAUUUGGGUUUCCUCCUCCGCGGAUCGAGUGGACGCGAGCAUUGCAAGACAUGUCUAAGGAACGCCAUGUAAAAACUGGUAACAGCCUUGUUAUCAUGAAUACAAAGAGAGAAGAUAAGGGACCCUACAUGUGCAAGGGCAUUAAUAACCAAGGGAAUGUCGCUGCUUUUGUAGUGCUUAAUGUUUAUACUGUCAGUCGUCGUCCUUGUCCUGAAAUGGUUCCUCCAGACAAUGGAUAUAUUGUAGGUGAUUUACCGGCCAACAGCACUCUCACUUUCCAUUGUAAUUCCGGCUACAGUCUCUGUGGAAAUCGCCAUUUGUUAAAAUCGUCAAAACCAUCGAGUAAACCAGUUUGUGUCAGAGGUCUGCCUGGAGCACCGGGUCCACAAGGGCCGAAAGGACCAAGCGGACAAAGGGGAAGACGUGGUAAACGAGGAUUUCGAGGAUCUCCUGGAAUACAAGGUCCACCUGGAGUACCAGGUCCGCAGGGACCGAGGGGAGUGCCAGGAAGAACGCUCUCUGGAAAAUCUUCAUCGAUUAUCCAUUCACUUGCGUUUCCAAAAAUAACCAAAAGACCUCCAUCUGUUCUUGUCACCAAAGAAGGCGAUAAUGUGGUCAUUCCGUCCAUAGCCUCUGGUUUUCCUAAUCCUAGAAUCUCGUGGUACAAAGACAACAAGAAAGUGGACGAGCGAUUAUAUGUAACUGGUGCUCUACGAAUAAGCAAUGUCAAGUUCGAAGACCAUGGGGUUUACUUAUUGAAAGCAAAGAAUUUCAUUGGUCAAGCAACAGCGAAAAUGAAGCUUGUUGUCAAUGUUGCUCCACGAUUCGUGAUUCAACCUCCAGAUUACCUCGCUGGUUAUGAAGACUGGAACACAACCAUCACUUGCAAUAUAUUUGGGUUUCCUCCUCCGCGGAUCGAAUGGUCACGUGCACAGAAAACCAUGCCUAAAGGACGCCAUAUAAAAACUGGUAACCGCCUUAUAAUCAUGAAUACAAAGAGAGAUGAUAAGGGACCCUACAUGUGCAGGGGAAUCAAUAACCAAGGGAACGUGUUUGGCAUGAUAGUGCUUCAUGUUCAUUCUGUCAUUGCUCCUAUCAUCGUACAAUCCUCUCCUAAUAACGUGACCGUAUAUAAAAUCUUGAGCCGCRUYAAAUUAAACUGUUCAGCUACUGGAUCACCGCUGCCAACGAUCGAGUGGAGCAAAGAUGGCCGACCUUUAUCUGUAAACACUACAGUUCGCCAGACCAAUAAAGAAACUAUAGGCGAGUUGGUCAUUGAUUCGUUCAUGCCUCAAGACCAAGGACUAUACAAAUGCUUUUUUAGAAACUACGAGAAUGGAACGGACGAAACUACAAUACAAAUCUCCCUAAUGAGCUGUGGUGAUCCUGGAAAUCCCCUGAAUGGCUAUCGCACUGGCAAUGAGUUCUGGGCUGGAAAUAUGGUAGUUUAUACUUGUGAUCCUGGUUAUUACUUGGUGGGACCAUCCAACCGACUUUGUCUGGAAAAUGGUGCAUGGAGCAACUCCAUUCCGUCAUGCCAUCGUMUUUGUCCUGAGAUCGCACCUCCUGAAAAUGGAUACAUUGUAGGUCAUUUCUUGGCCAAYAGCACUAUCACUUUCAAUUGUAAUCACGGUUACUGGCUCAGUGGAAACCGCCAGCUCCUUUGUGAUCCGAACACAGGACAUUGGAAAGAAUUGAAUGGACAUUUUACCACCGAAAAACCGCAGUGUAAAUUUUUUUCAGGGCAGACAUUGUAUUCAAACAUACUAAAAUAUCGAGGGGAUUAUUAUGACUUAAUAAAAGAAUGGCUGGCUCCAGUGACAAACAAGCCAAUAACAUGGGUACCAUGCUACCAAAGCAGACUUCACGGAUGGGCCAGUAGAACAUUCCACGCAAAGUGUGAUGGUAAAGGUCCGACUAUUACAAUCAUCAAAGUGAACAAAUACAUAUUUGGAGGCUAUACAGACGUCAGCUGGCAUUCCAAAGGGUCUUACAGCAGAUCAGUCAACUCGUUCCUGUUUUCAUUCGUAAACAAAGAUAACUUGAAGCCAUUUAAAAUGAAAGUUUUCCAAUCGCAGAAUGCAAUUUAUGGAGGUAGCAGCUACGGACCAAUCUUUGGAAACAGCCAUGACAUAUAUAUUAGUAAUAAUGCUGGUAGCAACACAAACUCCUAUACGAACCUUGGAAAUUGCUAUGUACUGAUUAAGGGCUACACAUAUGGAUCAACUAAAGCAAGGAACCUUCUUGCAGGAUCGUACUACUUUCAGCCAGACGAGAUCGAGGUGUUUCGUCAAGAUGGCUUAGAGGUUUAGGUGAAAGAAACUCUAACAAAACACAGGGAUCCCACUUAAUAUAUCGAUGCCGCUAUUAAAACAUACGAUAUUUGAAGGAAAUAGACCGUUCGGCUAACGCGCUGCUAUAAACGUUUUCACACAAUUCAAAACACCCGGGAGUAAUUUUUAUUGAAGUUCUUUUUUUCCCACAGAAUUUAAAUUGGGUGGAAAUGACAUAACAACGCGUAAGCCGAUUAGGUCUAUGCAUUGCAAUUUGGAUAGGUGGGCAAUUUGCAUAUUGGAAGUGAAGAAUGUAUGGGGCAAACUUGUUAUCUUUUGAUAUUUCCUCGAUUUCUAUAAUGUUUAUUUCUCUCGUUGAUAUCAAAUUGCAUAGGAUUAAAUUCGAAGUAGUGAAAUAUGUACUAUGAUAUGAAUUGCAGUGUACAGUCGAAAAUCUCCCAUAAACGGACACUAUUGGGAAACGAAAAAAGUGUCCCCAUGCAGAAAUGUCCGUCCAAUAGUAAGGGAUCUUGAAACGGUUCAACCACGUCAAAUAUUCUCUUGCUUAAUAGUUAAAAAGUAUUCAUAAUGUUAAGCGAUUAAGAUAGUGAAAUUCAAUGAUUAAACGAUUAAUUUUACAAAUACAGUACUGUAUGUAUUAAAAUAUACUGUAUUCAAUAAACAUAACAAAGUCACGUUGAAA